AUGUUCCUUAUCGGCGGACAAUCGACGGCACGACUUGUUUCACGUACAAUACGGUCAAGUCUAAGGCACUACGCAAAAGAUGUAAAAUUUGGCGCUGAUGGACGCGCUUCAAUGCUCUAUGGUGUAGAUACUCUAGCUGAUGCAGUCGCAGUCACUAUGGGGCCGAAGGGAAGAAAUGUUGUAAUUGAGCAGUCAUGGGGAAGUCCAAAGAUCACAAAAGAUGGUGUUACUGUGGCGAAAGCAAUCGAUUUCAAAGACAAAUACAAGAACCUGGGAGCAAAAUUGGUCCAGGAUGUAGCAAACAAAACCAAUGAAGAGGCUGGCGAUGGUACCACAUGCGCUACAGUUUUAGCUCGAGCAAUUGCAAAAGAAGGGUUCGAGAAUAUCAGCAAAGGAGCCAAUCCAGUGGAAGUGCGAAGAGGAGUAAUGAAUGCCGUAGAGUUACUGGUUGCUGAACUGAAGAAAAUGAGCAAAGAUGUGACAACUCCAGAAGAAAUUGCGCAGGUAGCAACAAUCUCAGCAAAUGGUGAUUCCACUGUAGGGAAAUUGAUAUCCGAGGCGAUGAAAAAAGUUGGAAAUAGGGGUGUAAUCACAGUAAAGGAUGGUAAAACGCUGUAUGAUGAGUUGGAGACGAUCGAAGGGAUGAAAUUUGAUCGGGGAUACAUUUCUCCGUAUUUUAUCAACACCACAAAAGGAGCGAAAGUGGAGUUCGAGAAAUGUCUUCUUUUGUUUUCGGAAAAAAAAAUCAGUCAAGUGCAGGAUAUUGUACCAGCCCUUGAAUUGGCGAACAAAUACAGAAAGCCAAUUGUAAUUAUCGCGGAGGAUGUAGAUGGCGAAGCACUUACUACUCUUGUGCUGAAUAGGUUAAAGGUUGGUCUCCAAGUGGCAGCUGUGAAGGCACCCGGUUUUGGAGAUAACAGGAAAAAUACACUGAAGGAUAUGGCAAUAGCUACCGGUGGAACAGUCUUCGGAGAUGAUGCUAAUUUGCUGAAAAUUGAAGAUGUUCAGAUCAGUGAUCUCGGCGAAGCAGAAGAAGUUUCAAUUACAAAAGAUGAUACACUUAUAUUGCGUGGCAAGGGAAAAUCUGAAGACGUGGAGAAGCGAAUUGCUAUGAUUGAAGAUGAGUUGGAGCAAAGCACAUCUGAAUAUGAAAAGGAGAAAUUGAACGAACGGUUGGCGAAGCUUUCAAAGGGUGUUGCAGUCCUGAAAGUAGGAGGCGCUAGUGAAGUAGAGGUCAACGAAAAAAAGGAUCGCGUUACGGAUGCUUUGAAUGCUACUAGAGCAGCUGUUGAAGAAGGUAUUGUACCAGGUGGAGGUGUUGCACUCCUUCGCGCUGUGAGAGCUAUCGAAAAUAUUAAAGGAGAGAAUAUUGAUCAAGAUAAAGGUAUCCGAAUAGUGCAAAAAGCAGUACGUGAACCAAUCAUGACAAUUGUGAGGAACGCUGGUGUUGAUCCAUCUUCUGUUGUGGAAAAAGUACUUUCUAACAGCGAAUUGGCGUUCGGAUAUGAUGCCAUGAAUGAUGUUUUUGUGGAUAUGUUCAAAUCCGGGAUCAUUGAUCCUACGAAGGUUAUUCGAACUGCUCUGCAGGACGCAGCCGGCGUUGCAUCGUUGUUGGCUACAACGGAAUGUGUGGUGACGGAAAUGCCAAAAGAGGAGCCUCAAAUGGCAGCUGGAAUGGGUGGUGGUAUGGGUGGCGGUAUGGGAGGAAUGUACUGA